AUGUUUUCCUCAGUCCAAGGAAAGGUGUUUAACCAGGCCAAGUCCAGUAUUGAAGAGUACAAACAAGCUCAGUCUAUUCAGAACCUAUGUCCAGCGAGAGAACAAACUAAUAGAGGUCUGGUGAGAUGGAUUGCACCCAGGGGAGGAGUUGUGAAGAUAAAUUGGGAUGCAGCUUUCGAUCCAAAAAACAAAAAGAUAGAGGCAGGUGUGAUUGUAAGAGAUAAUGAAGGGAAAGUUCUUGUAGCUCUGAGUAUGCCAAAAUUGCAAGUUUCAUCUCUUGCCUUUGCUGAAGCCAAUGCUUUAUGGGGAGCCUUGAAGUUGGGUGCUGAGUUAGGGAUUAGUCCUGCUUUUUUUGAAGGGGAUGUACUGGGAAUCAUAAAGGCAAUUAAUAAUUCAGCAGAAAAUUGGGAAUGGAAAUGGAAUGGCCAGAAGGUGGAGGACAUUAAAGUUCUUCUUGCCAACAGACCCUUUUGGAAGGUCCAACAUAAUUAUAGGUAA